CUUUGUCCUGAACUCACUGAUUCUUCUGCUCUCUAAGGAAAUACAACAUCCAACCUCAACCCAUCUCACUGACCUCUCGUUCCUGAGGAACUAAGAAUAUGGAUAAAACCGACGAAGCUGAAUUGGACGAUUUAGAAGAGGUGGUUUAUUUGGAAGAUAUGGAGGAUAUAGAAGCUGAGAAAGCUGUGGAAGGUUUGGAAGCUGCCCCACCCUACCCAGGUCAUCCAUUAGAUUAUGGAGGAACAGAGGUGACCCACCAGCCUGGUUACCAUUCAUCUCCACACCCCACCAUUAAUGUGGGAUACACAGCAUACCCAGAGCCAGGGCUCAAAGCAGGAGUUAACAAUCCAAACUUUCAAGCAGGCCCAAAUCCAGGGAUGUACCCUCCAGGCCCAAACCCAGGAAUGUACCUUCCAGGCCCAAACCCAGGCAUGUACCCUCAAGCCACCAGUCCAACCCCAGGGAUGUACCCUCAAGCCACCAAUGUAACAACCACAGUGAUGCUCCCGAGCCUGCGUGAUUUACCUGGCCAAACCAUGUGCCCUCACUGUAAGCACCAGGUGAUCACUAUCACAGAUUAUUACAGUGGACUCAUGACCUGGCUGGCCUGCGGAUGUCUCGCCCUUAUUGGGUGCUGGCCCUGUUGUAUAGCGCCAUUCUGGAUGGAUUCUUGUAAAGAUGUGGAGCAUCGCUGCCCUAAUUGCAACAACAUCCUCUCAUUCUACAAACGCCUGUGAUGUGGAAAACACCUAUGCCACUCUGUACAACAUCUUUCUAGCUCUAGGUCUGAUUUUAAUGGGAUCUAAUGGGUAGAAGACAUAGGAAUGUGUUGGAAUUUAAUUUCACAUAGGUUGUAAUGUACAAAAGAAAUCCUAAUGCCAGGCUUAAAAAAUGAGUGAUAUAUUUUACCGCUUAACUGAAUGCAACAAUUGUGACACAAGUAGUAUAACUCAUGAUAAGUGUUCACAUGGUAUGAAAUAUUUAUAAAAAUUAUGGCCUGGAUUCAUUGUGCUUAUAGUAAAAAUACAGUCCUUAAUUUUACAUGUGAAGGAUGUAUAGCUAUAAAACUUUAAAUAGACAUACACUGUAGGCAACUUGUGAGCUUGAAAUACAUGAAAACUGCUUUGUAAGUAAAAAUCUAAAACAUUGUAAAUAGCCAUUUUAAAGCUUAUAUUCAAGUUCUGUAAAAUUUAGAUUGCUGUUGUAGAUAUUGUAGUGUAAAUUUGAAUGUCUCUUAAACUACAAAAUGUUUUAAGUUCACAGGCACCUAACUUAGUUGGGCAGUCGGAUAAUAUUCCAUUUUAUUGCUAUUCCAGGCUAUUCUACAGUAAUUCUCAAUUCAUAACUCUAAAUGUCAAGUCUCAACCUUUCAUAAUUAGACUCCCUUAAAUUAACGGUCUCAGGGUUAACUACUGUUAUUAUCAUUAAAAUGAAUCUCAUUAGAUUGUUUAAAGACAUCAAGCUAAAUAUAGUGAAGCGAGUUCAUCCUAGAAUGAAUGUGUCUUGCUGAAGCUAACUGCUUUACUCAACAGUACUUUUGUUAUUGCGGAGCUACAUUUAAUUAUUUGUUGCUUGAUUUCCUGUAAUUUAGUAGACUCUUUUUUUUUAUCCCCAAAGAGAUUUACAGGAUACUGGUUGGUACUGGGGACAGUAUCUAUUAAAUAACCUUGGAUUGAAUUCUUUGCUCAUGGGCAAAAUAGUUGCUGAGAGUAUGGAGAGUAAUUCUCUUCCUAAAUGUGCACUUUGAAAGAAGCUUCUGCUCUGUAUGUAUAUGUAAAAUAGUUAUAUUAAAAUUAAAGGUGGAAUUUUG